AUGAAAAUAGAAUUUAAAUUUAUUGAUAAAGUUGAAGAAUUGGUUUCUUCGCCAGUUACUAUUGCGACUGCUAGUACAAGUUUACAAAUGAAAAGUCCAACAUCUUCACAAUUCAAUUCAAUACGAUUGAAACAAGUACAAAGCAUUGAUUCUUUAACUCAUCAUCCUUUGUUAAAUAAUGAUGACGAGGAGGACAACAACAGUGAUCUACUGAUUUCUAAAUGGGCAAAUUCUGUUGGUGGACAAAUAUUGACUAAACUUCGUGAAAUGGAUAAGAUGUAUUCUGAUAUCAUACAAUUAUUAAUUUCCAAAAAGACAAUUGAUAGGGAUUUGUUGCAAGAUCAUAUAAUUUUCACAUUACCAAUAGAUGAAGGUACUAAAGUAAUAACAAUGAGUGCAAUCAGAGGAUUCAUUCAAAAUGAGGUUUUUAAGGCUAUAGAUUUAAUGCCUUCAGAACAUGAACUUUCCUCAACGUUUUUGGACAAUCCAAAGAAUCGCAGAUCAGUAUUUGACUCUUUUGCAAUACCAGAUGAUCUUGAUGAUGAUUAUCCAACCAUCAAGAUAACCAAUAGUAAUGUUGAUAUUUUAUUACAAGGAAUGACGAUCCAAGCAAUUGUAAUAGAAUCGUCACUUAAAUUUAAAGAAAUAUCAGAGAAAAUUGCCACAAAAGAAACAGCCAAUAAAAAAAACAUAGAACCACCUAAUUUAUCUGAAUCAUUGCUUAUUGAAUCAACAUGUGAAAAAAUCCAAUCAUUUUAUGAAUUUAUACAUUCAGAAAUUGAGAAACAGAUCAAUACCACUGAAAAAUCAAUUGAUGAUUCAGAGAUUGAAAUAUUUGAAAAAUUAAAUGCCAUCGAGAAAUAUGUAUGUGCCACGCUAUACGAUAGUAUUUUUUGUCCAAACUGGUCAAAUGAUAAUGGUAUACAUGAUAACUUGUUAAGUUCAAAAAUAGCAGCAUUAAACCUACUAGAUUUGAAUUUAAAACAUCUUGGUGUUGAUAUUAUUGAAUCAAAUCAGCAAGAAUCGAUUGAUAUGGCAGUUCAGAACGCUGGUAUAGAAUUACAAAAUCUGAACAAAAGAAAAUCUCCACUUGAAAAACUUGAAAAAUCUCUUAAAAAAAGGGAAAAAAAGAAUGCUAUCGACUCUGCAAAAGAUGUGAAUUCUACAAAAGAUAUGGAUUCUGUAAAAGAUAUCGAGCCUGUAAAAGAUGUCGAGUUUGCAAAAGAUGUUGAUUCCGCAAAAGAUGUUGACUCCGCAAAAGAUGUUGAUUCCGCAAAAGAUGUUGACUCUGCAAAAGAUGUUGAUUCCGCAAAAGAACAAGAAAAAGAUGAUGUUUCUUCUUCAGUUCCAGCACUACCUCCUCCUUCGCCAUCAGCUCUACCACCAAGACCCAUACUAACAACAACAAAAGGAAAUGAAAAGUUAGAAACCAAUGGUAGUAGUGAUCCAGCAGCAGAUUUAAUUUUACCAUUAUUAAUUUUCACAGUAGUUAAAUCAAAUCCAAAAGGCUUGUUGGCAGUAGUAGCAUUUUUGGAGAAUGUAGAUUAUUCAGGUUUAGGUUUAAGUCCUGAAAAAGCUUUAAGCAAUAACACCACUAGUAACAACAGCAAUAGCAAUAUUAUUAAUAAUGCCAAUAAUGCGUCGAAUGUUGAACUAAGUGUUGGCAGAAAAGUAGGACAAGAAUUGGUUGAGGCAGCUACUAGUUUAAGAGUUUUCACUGAUGCAUUAGAUUCAUCAUAUAAACUGUUUGGACGUCGCUUACUUCCUUUUAAUGUUAUUCCAAGGUUUUCUUCAAUGACAACAACCUCAACUCCAAUAAUUGCAACAGGGUCGGAAGAAAAUAAUAAUAAUUUAAAAAUUUUACCACCAAUUCAAAAGUUUAUAGAUUGUUCGGUGGAAGAUAUUCGUAUUAAAGAUAAUUAUUGGAAGACUAUAAACGAUUAG